GUGACACUGACCCCCGGAGUAAUCAUGAGGGCAGCUGACGCGUCCAGUAUGAGCUGUCUUAUCGAGGUCCCCGGUGAGCGAAACGGAAGAGCAUCACUCGCCAUCUUUCUUUCUGGUGCCGCCAUUGUUGCGGCCUUGUCCUGUCUAUUUAUGGAGUCUCGAGCUGUUAAGCUUCUUUUUUUUUCCAUGACCUCCAAACCCAGUAACAGAGUCAGGUCGUAGUUGUCCAGCGAUUCCGAGGUAAAAAGUGGCGAUCCGGUACAACUUGCUUGAUCUGGAGCGCUAGAGAACGGAGCGGAAGUUCCUCGUCCGCCAUCUUUCUUUCUGGCACUGCCCUCGCCCGCGACGUCCGGUCCGCUGAGGGAGUCCGGGGUCGCGGGACUUUAGCGGCUCGGCAAGCGCUGCUGCCGGGAGCCGCGUGAGGCCGCAGGAGGCCCGGAGCGCAGCCAUGGAGGACCCAUAUUACUGUGUUUGGUGCCACUCUUGGGCUAGUGAUCCUGUAUACUACGAAGAACCAGGUUGAGCAAGCCAUGAGGAGCAAGCUAGUAAGCACUGAUCCUGCAUGGCCUCUGCUUCAGUUCCUGCCCUGCCCUGCCUUUCCUUCCUGAAGAACUGUGAUUGGUACAUGUAAACUGAAAGAAAUCUUUUCCUCCCCAAGAUGCUUUUGGGGUCUGUAUCCUUCGAGGAUGUGGCUGUGAACUUCACCUCAGAGGAGUGGGCUUUACUGAAUCCUUCCCAAAAGAAGCUGCACAGAGAUGUGAUGCAGGAAACCUUCAGGAACCUGACUGCCAUAGCAAAAAAGCAGGAAGAUAAGACGCUUGAAGAGGAUUAUAAAAAUUUAAGUAAAAUUCUUCCCAUUGCAGUUCAGACUGGAUACAAACCAUGUGAGAAUCAAGAAUAUGCCAAGAAACCAGGCACUUAUAAGGACUGUGGGAAAGUCUAUAGUUCUCCCCAGUGCUUUCUGGAACAUCUGAAGACUCACACAGAAGAGGAAACUUACGAAUGCAAGCAAAUUGAGGACGGUUUUAGUGGACACCAUGAUGUUCAUGACCCUGAAGGAAUGCAUGCUAAAGAAAAACUUUGUAUUUUAAAGCAGAGUGGGAAAGAUUUUUUGACUCUUGCUGGUAUUCAACAGCAUGUAAUACAUAAUGGACAUGGGCCAUAUAUAUGUAAAGUGUGUGAUAAAGUCUUUCACUCUUCUGGUUCUUUCUUGACACACGAAAGAACACAUACUGGAGACCAGCUUUAUACAUGUAAGCAGUGUGGUAAGACCUUCACUUAUUCCAGUGGCCUUCGCCGCCAUGAAAGGACCCAUAGUGGAGAGAAACCCUAUAAAUGCAAGCAAUUUCUGAAAGUCUUUCCUUCUUUGAGUAAGGCUGAGAGUCAUGAACAGACAUAUAAUGGAAUAGAAUACAUAUGUAAUCAAUGUGGGGUAGCCUUCAGUGAUCACAAUUCCCUUCAAUGCCAUGAAAAGAUUCACAGUUUGGAGAAACCCUAUGUAUACAAGCAAUGUGGAAAAGCAUUCACUUGUUCUAGUGCCUUGCGAAGACAUGAACGAAUUCAUACUGGAGUGAAACCCUAUGAAUGUAAGGUAUGUGGGAAAGCCUUCAUUGAUUGCAGUUCUCUUCAGUGUCAUGAAAGGAUUCAUAGUGGAGAGAAACCUUAUGUGUGUAAGCUGUGUGGAAAAGCGUUCAGUCGCCAAGGUUCUCUUAAAUGCCAUGAAAGGAUUCAUAGUGGAGAAAAGCCCUAUACAUGCAAGCAAUGUGGGAAAAACUUCAUGCAUCACAAUGCUCUUAGAUACCAUGAACAGAUUCACAGUGGAGAGAAGUCCUAUGGGUGUAAGCAAUGUGGGAAAGCCUUUGUGUUGAGCAGUGCAUUGAAAAAACAUGAACGAAUUCACAGCGGAUUGAAACCUUGUUUGUGCAGGGUGUGUGGAAAAGCCUUCACGUUUCAUAGUUCCCUUCAUUGCCAUGAAAGGACUCACACUGGAGAGAAACCCUAUGUAUGUAAACAGUGUGGGAAAGCGUUUAUGUAUCACAGUUCUCUCCGUUGCCAUGAAAAUAUUCACAGUGCGGAGAAACCCUAUGUAUGUAAGCUGUGUGGGACAGCCUUCACUUUUCACAGUUCGCUUCAACGCCAUGAAAGAAUCCACAGGGGAGAGAAACCAUAUGUAUGUAAGUUCUGUGGGAAAGCCUUCACUGAUCACAGUUCCCUUCGAUGCCAUGAAAGAAUUCACACUGGAGAGAAACCCUAUGUAUGUAAACAAUGUGGAAAAUCCUACAGUACUCAUGGUUCUCUUCGAUACCAUGAAAGGAUGCACUGCGUGUAAACUGCAUUGGAAGACGUUCUCCUUUUUGAAUAAGUUUUAACCUCAUUAACUAAAAAACAAAAUAUAUGGUUGUAAGCAAUGUGGAUAAGCCUUAACAUGUUCUGGUUCCCUUCAAAAAUCAUAAGUGGAGACACAUUGGAGAGUAUCUCUAAAUAUAGAAUAAAGGGAAGCUCCUUUAUUGCAAGCUCUUUCUAGCAAGCAUGAUGGCUUAGCGAAUUUAACCUGUAUUAAUGUAAAGCAUGUGGGAUUAUCUCUGCUUGCCUCUGUUUAGUUCUC